AAGAAAAGGGAGUGAUUUCAUGUGAACACACUUUUGAUUUGCUAGACAUGGCGGUCACCGGCACCAGCGCUGCCUUUGUCAGUCUAGAGUCUUAUAAGCUAAUUGGUGUUAUAGUGACAGAUCAUCAGCUAGGAGUGGGCUCUGCUGCUGUUGUGGUCGAGCUAGAUUACAUGGGACACAAGUGUGCAGGCAAAAAGAUUCAUGACUUUCUUCUCAAGAGUGGAGGCAGUGAUUAUCGAAGCAGCAGUCGAAGCUUUAGUAAAGAGUGUCACUUCUUGAGCAGGAUACAGCACCCUAACAUUGUGCAGUUUCUUGGUGUCUACUUUCAGGAGCCAGACGAAACUGUGCCGAUUUUAGUGAUGGAAUACUUACCAACGAAUCUUACGGGUUGUAUUGAGCAUAAUGGUAUUCUUCCGAAAGAUAUCGGCUUCUCCAUUCUUCUUGAUAUAUCGCAAGGUUUACUGUUCCUCCACGAUCGAAAAAAACCAAUCAUUCACAGAGAUCUUUCAUCUCACAACAUACUUGUUACUCCUAUACUCUCUGCAAAAAUCGCUGAUCUUGGUGUGGCUAGGAUAAUUAAUAUGAGCCCCUUGCAAGUGAGUGCCAUGACGAAAAAACCAGGCACUGAGGCGUACAUGCCUCCUGAAGUGAUGGUGAAGGAACCUCGUUACAAUACAAGCAUCGACAUAUUCUCGUAUGGAAUCUUAAUGAUGCAAAUCUUCUGUGGUAAGCUGCCCAUGCCACACAUAGGUCAAAAUCGAUCUGAGGCACAUGGAUUGGUUGCUGUUUCAGAAGCUGAACGCCGAAAAAACUACCUCGAGGAAGUUGGCAAUGAUCACCCUCUCAUGAGUCUUAUUCACAGAUGCAUUGAUAAUGAUCCCAAGAAGAGACCUUCAGCCAAAGAACUAGUAGAGGAUCUAAGACAAAAGGCUAACACAAACACUCCUGCUUUCCAAGACAGAUUGAAGAUGAUGAAGUAUGUCGCUGAAAAGGAAGCGAAAAGAAACAUCAACCUGAAAAGAGAACAAGAAAACAUCCAAACCAAAUUAAAAGAAGAGCAGAAAACAAAUGUGCAACUAACUAAGCAGCUGUCACAAAAGAGACUUAAAGCAUUUAUACCACCUUUAUGUGUUUCGAUGGCGAUUCUGGUUAUAUUUAUUGCAGUAUUUGUCUCUCUAAAUCUUGACCAUACCUCACCAACAAGAUUGGUUGGAGUACAAACCCAAGAUUUCAUGAAUUCCACGAUGAGCAUUUGUGCAGCCAGGGAGACUAUUUUUUGUGAUGAAUUAGUCCCAGCUAUGUUUCAUGGUCUUGUUGGUAAUUUGUCCUGGAUAAGUGGUCAAGAUCUCCAAACAACAUUGCAUAAGGGCCAGACUGUGAUAUUCGAAGAUUUUAUGUGUUUUGGUGGCGGAGUUGGAGAAAACGAAAUACAUAAAUACCUUGUGUACUGUUAUCAUCCAGGAAAAAAUAAAUGGAACAUGUUGCCUCAUCUACCUGUUAAAUCAUUUGGACUAGGAGUGUUCAGUGGAAGCCUUGUGGCCAUCGGAGGAAUAACGAUGGAUGGUGAAGAAAGCACGAAAUUGUAUACUUUAAUAUAUGACGAGACGUCUGAUGGACAUUGGGUGCAUUCAGUGAUUCCAGAUAUGCCUAUCGCAAGAACAUUUCCUGCAGUUUUAAGCCUUCCAUCAGCUCUGAUUGUUGCUGGAGGGGAGAAUUCCAUUGGAAUUUAUACUAGUGACACAGGGUGGUAUUGGAGUAACCAACCUCUUAUGUCUCCUUGUACUGAUGUGACUUUGGCAGUGGCUGGUAACAGGUGCUAUCUUCUAGCAGGAAACUAUUCCAAAGAACUUCUUCAGUCUGACUGGUUUCCACUCUCUCAAUAUAUUGCUAUCGACGAUAUCCUCUAUGAUAGGAAUAAGGUUACUCCAGGAAAUGCUUUAAAGAACCGAAAUGAGCUGAUAUACCCCAGCUACAGGUGGAAAGAAUUAGAAGGUGGUUUUAAUGCGCAAGCAAACAGCUUAGUUGGAACAGUGUUAGCUAGUAACCUAAUAACUGUGGGCAUGCGUGGGCAAUCGUCGAACAAAGACGUGAGAAUGUAUUCAUUCUCACAAAAGACGUGGUCUUGGAUAAGUGUGCUCCCUGAAGAAAUUCAAGUUAACACUGUAACUAUAACCUCGUUUUCACCAACUAAGUUGUUGAUGACAGGAAGAAAGACUGAUGGGUAUUUGUCGGUUUAUAUUGGUUCCUUAUAAGGCAGGUUUUGCAUUAAUUUUGUAUUGUAGAUGAAGCAAUUUACUUGUAUAAUAGCAAUUUUAUAUUAUUUUAUGCAACACUCACUAACUGAACAUGUUAUAUUUAUUACUACGUGACUAUAUCGAAAUGGACUGCAAGUAUAGCUGAUUAUUGCACAAUAAUUAUAGCAUACAGCCCAUUACCUUAGGUAUUAAUUUAUCCAUGCACCCAUCACCAGAUAUU